GGCCCGCCCGACGCCUCCUGGGAGUUGUAGUUUUUCCCGGGCUCCGUUCCCGGCCUCUUAGGGGACGCACGGUAGGAAGUUGCACCGUGACGUGAUGGUCACAUCGGAUGAUAGAAUUUGGGGGCGUAACAAUUCCAACUUUUGCUUCUGUGCCCUUCAAGUGUAUUUUAUCCGUGCCCCAGUUUUGCAAAUGAGGAGACUUGGACUUCUCUACAAUUCCGUGUGCAGUCCUGAUCACCCAUAGUCUUGCAAAAUCCAGCAAGAAAAAUCCUUCUCAGAAAGGUCUCCAAUGCGUAUGACCUCAUCUUCCUUCGUCUCCUACUCCACUCCAGGACUAUGCCAAUUUAUGGCCAUGCUCCCAACAGCAGGUCACCUCCUGUCCCUCCUGCUGGUGAUAGGCACAGGGGGUACUAUGCCCAGCCCCCGGGUGCCUCCCCGGGGCUGUUAUGUGGCAAAGGAAGCAGGUGAACAGACGUUCCGCUGCAGCCAGGCAGGCCUGAGUGCUGUGCCCUCCGGCAUCCCCAAUGACACCCGCAAGCUCUACCUGGAUGCCAACCAGCUGGCAUCAGUGCCUGCUGGUGCCUUCCAGCACCUGCCUGUCCUGGAGGAGUUGGAUCUGUCCCAUAAUGCCCUUGCCCACCUCUCAGGGGCAGCUUUCCAGGGCCUGGAGGGCACGUUGCGCCACCUCGACCUCUCUGCCAACCAGCUGGCCUCAGUGCCCGUGGAGGCCUUCGUGGGACUACAGAUCCAAGUGAACCUAUCCGCAAACCCAUGGCACUGUGACUGCGCCCUCCAGGAAGUGCUCCGGCAGGUGAGGCUGGUGCCGGGCACUGGGACAGGCAUCGUGUGUGGCUCAGGAGCCCGACCGGAUCUCGUGGGGCAGGAGUUCCUGCUGCUGGCAGGGGAGGAAGAACUGUGUGGGUCGGGGUGGGGUGGGGCCCGGAGGAGCACCGAUGUGGCCCUGCUGGUCACCAUGGGGGGCUGGCUGACACUUGUGGUGGCUUAUCUGGUGCAUUAUGUGUGGCAGAACCGAGAUGAGACCCGGCGCUCCCCGAAGCGGGCCACAGUGCUGCCCGUGCGUUCCGAGGACUCCUCCAUCCUCAGCACAGUGGUCUGAUGACCCAGGAUCCUCCUCCAGCCACACCCCACACGCCUGCCCCUAUGCCCUCUCCUUUCCUCUGACCCCCUCUGCCUCCUGUGCAGCUUCACCCCUGCCCCCAAGCCCAUCCCACCCCUUCCUCCUUUAUUCCCCCUAAAUACCUGUGCUGGC